AAUAAUGCGACUUUUGUGUUCUCAAGUCAUUUUACAAUCGGAGUUGGAUAAACCACAACGCAUUAAUCAAACUGUGUCUUACAGCUUUGUUUUGUUUUCUUCCUGGAGUGUAAGACGCUAUACUAGAAGAUUGGAAAUACAAAGGUGCAAUUGACAAGUUAAUGACGACAAUGUCAUGCAAUGAACAUUUCUACAUUAUAUUAUUCAUUGCAUAACCAUUUCAAAUUCGUUUCCUCAAAAAAGUCUAAUGAAGAUACCAAUGCCGCCACAAAUUGAUUAUACGUGCAAUCUUCUUAAUUUAUUACAAACAAGGGAUUAUUGAACUAAUUGGAGACGCGUACAUUAUUACUGGACUUACGCCUUUGUAUUCAACAGUGCGUUUUAUUGUCAAAUGAUGCAAAUAUUAGCGUAUUCGGCAAUGGAAAACAAUGUGACCGUAAAUAAUUUUAGUUCUUCUUCCGUGAAUCAUUCAAGGGACAAUCAACAUAUACAGUACUGCUGUGAAGAUGAUCCUGACCAAAUACAAUUUGAACACGUGGUCAAUACAUAUGUACCGCCAGUUUUGAUCAUUCUCGGUACAUUUGGAAAUGUGUGUACUUUAUUGGUAAUGAGAACAAGACCAUUCCGGCAUUAUCCAAUCGGGUUCUAUAUAUCAGCGUACGCUUUAACAAGUUUGUUGACGCUAUAUUUAUUUUUAGGUUCAGAGUGGGUAGCGUUAGUAGCAGAAAAACGAUCUAUAGACAGUCAGGCAGACUGGAUAUGUAGAUUAUGGCAAUUUUUUAGCCGAGUUGUAACAUAUUCUAGCAUUUGGUUUGUUGUUUCUAUGACAAUCGAUCGCUAUAUAACGAUCUGGCAUAGGAAAAAAUCAUCAAAGAUAUGUACUUUGUUCAUGGCAAAAUUUGCUACUAUAUCAAUCUUCAUUGGACUUAUUGUUGUAAGUGUACAUGCAAUGUGGACAUAUGAACUAAUGGAUGGUUGUUUUUUCUUUCAUAACGAUGAUGAUUUACAUGUUGUUAUCUGGCCAUGGAUGUCAGCGAGUUGUUAUUCAUUCAUUCCAUUAGCUUUAAUCAUAACUUUUGAUAUAUUAAUAUUCACGGGACUAUGUAUAAGAAAUGUACCGGAAGAAACUGACAACGAAAUGACACCGAUGGUACUGACGCAUGCCACUCUAGUUUUAUCUAUGUUUUACUUUUUGUUAGUGCUGCCACCUACUGUAAUAAAUAUUGUUGACCAAACUUAUCCGCCAUCAUGGCUGCAAAAACCUCACUUUAGAUUGCAGUUGGCUAAAGCUCGAGUUAUCGGACACUAUAUGGCGUGGACAAAUACUGUUAUUGUAUUUUACAUUUGUAUUCUUUUUUCUCAAACUUUUAGAAAACAAGUUAAUAAUAUGCUCAAAUCAUUGAUAUUUUCUAAACCGGACAGGAGAAUGUAUGAACUUCACCAUGGCUCAGAUAGUAGUGCCAGUCAAAUGGAAACGGAAAUAUCUGUAACUCUGGUUUAAACACACUCUUUAUUUAAUGAUAAAUUGAAAGCACUGGCUGACAAAAAUUGAGUAUUUAUGUAAACGUUGAAAGAUGUCUUGUCUUGCUAUGAACUUGGAUUGUCAUAAGCUUUUUUAUGCGUUUACACGAGCAGUAGAAAUGUUGUUGUUUGUUAACGUUAUGUUUUAAUGUUAUACUAAUAAAAAAUAAUGUGAUUCCAAAUGAGGGACGAUGUAAUUUUUAUAUGCUAAGCUAUGCCGUACAAUCUAACAGUUUAAUUAUAGUUCCAAUACGUUUCAUAAAGGUAACUGUACAACAUGUUGAUUUUACUGCAACA